CCGUUUUUGCGGCGUCGAAUAAAAAGCGGCAGGUAUACAGAGAGGCAGUCAUUUGGGGCCAGAAGCGGCGAUCAUUCCAUUUUCGUUCGACUGACUGCCAUGGCCGACUCGAUGCCGCUGCCCAAGCCGGAGGUCGCCCCCGUCGCGCCGACGUCGUCGUCCGGCGUCACUAUCAAGGGCAAGGAGGUCGUAACCAAGUAUAUCGACGCCGUCAACUCUACCGACAUCCACCGCAUUAAUGGCUACCUCCGCGUCGCCAACAUCUUCUCGGGCGUCGUCUUUGGCAUCAUGGGCAUCUUCGACCUCUUCUCGAUCGACUCGUACAAGAGCUUCCUCGUUGCCGUCUACGUCAUCGUGCUCUCGUCGCUCCUCGUGCUUUUCGAGUUCCGUGAGAAGUUUCCGAAGCUCGAGGCCAAGACCAAGGAAAACUUUGGCUUCAUGUUCACGGGCUUUGGUCGCUCCGUGUACAUCAUGAUCAUCGCGUUCCUUUCGUUCUCCCAGGGCACGCUUGGGAUCGUCAUGGGCGUCGGCUUUUUGCUCCUCUCAGCCUUCAACUUUUUCAUCAUGUGGAACCACCCCGGCUACCACCAGGUCAUGCGUGCGCCCAACAACACCACAUACGAAAAGACCGCAGAGGCGUCCUCGACGGCCACCGAGGUGUACGUCCCGACCGCGGCGUCGAUCGCCGUCUAAGCCCGGGCGCCUUAACCUAAUGCUAUCCACUGCGAGAUAACAGCACUUCCUCGAUGCAAGGUGUUGGGAUUAGAGCUGACGAUUAUCCGUCCUGUAAUUCAUUGGUGCAGGCAUGAGGGAGGGAGCGAACAAGAAGGGAAGCACGCCUUCCCUGGCAGCCCACCGUUCGUCUCGGCGUUUUUAAUAAUUCUGGCCGCAUACAAAGUGGGGAAUAAAAACAGAACAUAU